AUGUCCUUCGUUUACCGUCUAGAUGCCGGAGACACGUCCAUUCCUACAGCACAACUCGAGCUAGUCAAGAUGCAGAACACGAAAGGCCUCCGUACGUUCAUAAAAAUGAUGAGAUCGUGGAGGUGGGGAGACGAGAAUUCCAGCUCCAAGGCAGCACAGGGUGACCUGGAGGACCCUGUAUUCGUAUUCUGGGAAAACCAGUCGAAAGGAACUUGUUUAUGGCAGUUUAGCCUCAUUGCCCGUGUUCAAAGCCGGAUACUGCGGAUUGUCCAGUUCAUAAAACAGUCUCUUCGAGAAGGCGCGGAUGUCACAGUUGCAUGGAGGAAACAAGGAAAGAAGAACGUUCCGAUGCUGGAGAAGUCCUAUUCGAUGAAGCACUGGGCCAGGAUAAGUCUUCCUCAUUCCGUGUUCAGUGAAAGACUGGGAAGGAAGGUCUUAAUCGAGCGCAUCGUACAUGCUCUCGUUGCUUACGGCCAGGCGAAGUCCCUGGUGAGAGAGCGAAUGCAUCCACAAAUGCAGACUGUGCUGGUUGUUCAGAAUCUUAACGUAACAUUCGUCCAAAGUGGUACACUGAUCGGCGUUGGAGAGGAGGGUGAUACGCUGCGUAGAGUCGUUGACCGCCCAUUCGAGGUGGCGGAGGGAGUGGAGUACGCUAAAAGGAUAUCUGCGUCCGUACCCGGGAUGAUAAUGGAACAUGAGAUACGCACGCAGGCGCCCCGGUACUUCUGUCCGAAGACAGUGAUCCAGAAGUUUGCUUAUUUUUACGCACAAAUCCUGACGUUCAACCCGAAGCGGGCGAAGGCACCCGAAGAGCGGAAAGAAGAAAGCAAAGCUGAGAAGACACCCAAAUCAACCUUCUCGAGCAGGAGGUUUGUCGGAAUACAGUCUUUGAAUGUCGGGCGGCAGAGCCACAGCGAUGACACGUAA